AUGUCGAAUAAACACGAUUUGGAAGUCUCCGUCAAGGCGCUGGCAGCCUACGAUGAGGAAGACUAUGCUGCUGCGUUACAACUCUUCAAAAGUAUCACAGCCACGAGUAAGAUCCUCUUCAACAUGGCAAGACUCUUUGCCGACUUGGGACAACAUGUCGAAGCUGUUUCCUUGUUUGAAGCGGCGAUUGCAAAAGAUGCCUAUAUGGCUGUUGCCUUCUUUCAGUGUGGCGUGUCGUACUACCAUCUACGCAAUAUGGAUUCAGCAAUGCGAUCCUUCAAUGAAGCACUCUUCCAUUUACGUGGCAAUAAGUCCAUUGACUAUGAGCAACUUGGAUUGCGGUAUAAGCUCUAUGCCUGUGAAGUCCUUUUCAACCGCGGUCUGUGCUACUUCCAACUCAACCAAGAUCGUGACGGCAUGCAAGAUUUACAAUUCGCUUUGCAAGAGAAGCAAACACCAGCGCAUGAUAUUGUCGACGAAGCUAUUCGAGAUCAAGGCGAAGGCUAUACCGUCUUUUCCGUACCCACAGGAACACUCUACCGACCACUCGACCAAAAAGUACGCAACUUGGCCGUUCGCAACUAUCUCGGUAAAGCACGCUUGGUGGCAGCAACAGAUGAAUCAGACAAUUACACCGGCUUU